GUCACGGCGUCACGUGGAACCGUUCCAAGAUGGCAGCUUCCUGUGCAGGUUCAGACGGGAUGGUAAGAUAGCUGUAAAGGUGAGAGGGGGAGACAAAUGGAGGAAGACAGAUCGGCGCAUGGACAGCAUGGCUACCCGCUGUACCCGGACAGGGAGAGCUGGGAGACCACAAGGGACCCGAUCGAAUCGAAAUCCUGCGGAGCGAACCACAAGUGCCAGAGAAUGCUGCGGCUGACCAUGGAAACCAGUCCAUAUGCCAAGCUACUGUUAGAUGCCAUGAAGCUGUCUGGUUGCACAGUUUCCAGAGACCGCCAUUUUUCUUGCGAGGAUUGUGACGGAUCAGUAAGUGGAGGCUUUGACGCGGAUACAUCUGAAAUUGUGCUGUGUCAGAAUAACAUUCACAAUCAGUCCCACAUGAACCGCGUGGUGACACAUGAGCUGAUUCAUGCAUUUGACCACUGCCGUGCACAUGUCGAUUGGUUUAAUAACGUUCGCCAUUUAGCGUGCUCUGAGAUCAGAGCUGCCAAUCUCAGCGGAGACUGCUCGCUUAGUAAUGAAAUUAGCCGGUUUAAUUUUGGCUUGAAACAACAUCAUCAGGCCUGUGUAAGAGACCGCUCUCUCCGCUCUAUAUUGGCCGUCAGGCAGAUCAGUCGGGAGGCAGCAGAAAAGGCCGUAGACGACGUGUUUCAAUCGUGUUUUAAUGACUAUGAACCGUUUGGUCGAAUCCCUUACUGUAAAAGGGACGCGGACAUGGCAUACAGAGAUUUUAAAAAGCAAGGAAGAUAUUAUGCAAACCUUUAAGCUGCUCAAAAAUAACACAGAAAUAAAUCCUUACGAUGA